CCUACCUACCCAUUUACUGCCGCUUCUACCCAUGUGCGUCCUAUUUAACUCUUCUGCGCCAUUACAGGCGUCAGAGCAAUAUCACAUGCACCCUUCACUCCCCACCACCACCUCCUCCUCCUCCUCCUCCUCCUCCAUCACCACCAUCCGCUCCUCUCCCUAGCAUUCAAACCGUACAGCUUCUUCCCGCAGUUCCGUUCUGUACCUUGCGGUGGCAUGGCAGCGGCGCUGGAGUGUUGGUCCGGGAGGCCGAGCACGGACGAGGACACGGUGGAGCAGGUCCUCAUGCAGACUCAGGACCGGUCCGAGGCCUUCCACCGUUCCUCCGCCGCUUCCGCCGCCGCCGCCGCGGCCUCCCCGGCCUGCAACUCCUCCUCCGCCUCCUCCUCCUCUUCCUCCUCGACCUCCUCUUCCCCGCCUUCCCCCUCCGCCGCCCUCCCGCCUCCCAAGAAAUGGCAGCGCCUCGGCCGCAACUUCGCCGGCGCUAUCGCCGCCCUCCGCAGCUCCCUCAACAUCGAUCCUUCCCGCGACCCCUCGCCCUCGCGCUUCGACCGCCUCCUCCGCGGCGUCGGCCUCGCCCGCAAUCCCGGCGGCCUGCCCCCCGACAAGCUCGUCUCCAGCGUCCGCCGCCACUUCGACUCGCUGCCCAACAGCUACGCUCAAGCAGGAUUCGACAUGAAAGACGUGCUUCUGCAUCUGAGAUUGAUGGAGCAGGCGUCGGCGGACGACCAUCCUGCGAUCCACAUUCAAGAGACGGACAGCAAUGGCGGAGCCGAGGGAUCGGUUUUCAAGCUCACAUUCGCCUGCAGCGCCCCGCUGUCAUGGCCGGCGAUGUCCGGAACGCUGGAUAGCUCUUCGAUCUGCUGCAAGAAGAUCCAGAUCUUCGAGAAGAAGGGCUUGACGCUCGGGGUCGUCACCGUCUUGGUCCAGCAGGGGAACGAGAGGCACUUCAAGGCCCGGAUCGAGGCCUCGCUGAAGGCGGCGGUGAAGAAGCCCAAAAACAACGGGGUGAAGCUCCCGUUCGGGUUGUGCGGAUGCCAAGAGGAGAGCUCGCGGAACGUCGAGGAGGACGCUCAGUUCGACGGGGACGACGGGCGAGGAUCCGACGGCGAGCGGCUCCGCCGGGUUCAACUGCCGUGCCCUCUGCCGAUGUCUUCCGUCGUCGUCUCGAUCGACGAGUGGCAGAGCAUCCGGUCGGGCGGGGACGAGAUGGGGAGGUGGGUUCUGAGCUCCGACGAGGUCGAGCUGGUCGACCGGGUGCGGCCCAAUUCGUUCAGGGGUGCAUACAGGGGGAGGAGGGUGUGGGUGAAGAAGCUGCGGGGCUGCGAGAGGGGAAGCGCGUACGAGAUCGAGAUCAGGCAGGACCUACUGCAGCUGAUGAGCUGCGGGCAGAGGAACAUCCUCCAAUUCUAUGGCAUCUUCUUCGAAGAGAACGAGGGGCUGUGUGUGGUCACCAAGAUGCUGGAUGGAGGAUCCCUGCACGAUGUCAUCCAGAAGAACAAGAAUGUGGCGAUCAGGGAGGUGAUGCGGAUUGCGCUCGAUGUCGCGGAAGGGCUCAUGUUCAUGAACAAUCAUGGAGUGGCUUAUAGGGAUCUCAACACACACAGGAUUCUCUUGGACAGGCAGAAGAAUGCUUGUCUCGGUGACAUGGGCAUAGUUACCUCUUGUAACAAUGUCGGCGAGGUCACCGAGUAUGAGAUGGCCGGAUACCGGUGGUUGGCUCCUGAGAUAAUCGCGGGGGACCCCGAGAGUGUGACAGAGACUUGGAUGAGCAAUGUGUAUAGUUAUGGCAUGGUGCUUUGGGAGAUGGUAACCGGCGAGGCUGCUUACUCUUCAUAUUCACCGGUUCAAGCAGCAGUGGGGAUCGCAACGUGUGGGCUGAGACCUGAAAUACCUAAAGACUGCCCACAGGUUCUGCGGUCGCUGAUGCAGAGAUGCUGGAACAAUAACCCUGCAAAGCGGCCUCAGUUUGCAGAAAUCAUCGCAAUCCUAAACAGGCAAAACGUUCGAUGAGCCGCUCGAACCUUCCCUUCUUUUUAUUUUAAGCGUUAACGGAAAGCUUUCUACCCUACUGUGGAUUUGGUAUGUUCUUUCUUUGCAAGAGAAUGCUUUUUCUUUUUUUGUUCUGUCAUCGUAUCGAAAGCUGAAAAAUGCAAAUGUGCCAUAUGACAUGGUAUCUAUUACUUUAUUUAUUUGAUUUUUUUUUU